AUGGGAGCGAGCUGGACCCCUUAUAGCAAUACCCCGGACCUGCAGGGGAAAAUUGCAGUUGUGACAGGCUCUAAUUCAGGUAUCGGCCUCUACACCGCGCUGCACCUGGCAUUGCAUGGUGCCAAGGUCUACAUGGACGCGAGGACCAGGGCAAAGUCCGAUGACGCGAAGAAGACAAUCUUGUCUCUCCACCCUACUAUUGCGGAGGAGCGGCUCAUAUGGUUGCCAUUAGACCUUAGCAAGCUGAGUAGCGUGCAGGAGGCAGUCCAGGAACUGGAGGGAAAAGAAAACAAGAUUCAUCUUCUUGUAAACAAUGCCGGUCUGGCUACAAGCGAAAUCGAAUUGACUGACGCUGGGUGGGAGAUGACCAUGGCAGUAUGCCAUGUCGGCCAUUUUGUCCUCACCAACGGGCUUCUUCCGCUACUGAAGAAGGCCGCGGCUGAAAGGGACUCGGACGUACGAGUUGUUACCGUUUCAUCAAGCGCUAGCCAUACGUUUCUUCCGCCGGGAUACAAAAUCGACUUUUCCAAACCAGAUUUUCUGAAAGGCGACCUUCCGUAUGAACCAUGGAAAUACCGGUAUCUGUUCAGACACAUGUUCACCAUCAAGAUCCUGCAUUACUCCCUAGCCAAGAUGGCCAACAUCAUGUUUGCCCAGGAGCUUCAGCGCCGGCUUGACAAACUCAGCGUGCCUAUAAUCUCGCUCUCUCUAAAUCCGGGGGCGGUCAAGAGUGACAAUGCUGUCGGCAUUUUUUCAGGGUUCCUCCAACCGCUCAUGAGACAGGUGAUGUUGACUCUCGAUGAGGGAUCGUUCACCUCUCUUUUCGCUGCCACCGCCCCAGAGGUAUGGAGGCAACCCGAGGUGUACAAAGGGAAAUACCUUGAGCCUGUUGGAAAAAAUCAAGAUCCGCUUCGCAUUGCGCAGGACGAGAAGCAGGCGCAAUCUUUGUGGGACACGACAACCAAGGAGGUCAACAAGUACCUCUUGGAGCAUGGCCUUCCGACGCUGCAUGACCUGUGA